UUUCUGAUUGGUGGAUGUAUCCUAUAGAAAGGUACCUUGGAAAGUUAAAAUCAUAUGUUAAAAAUUGAUGUCGCCCGGAGGCUUCUAUAGCUGAAGGUUAUUUGGUUGUAGAGUGCUUGAUAUUCUGCUCUAGGUAUUUAAAUGCAAGUGUAAAGAAGCAAUCUAAGCGGUUUAACAAAAGUCAAGAGAAAAGUAACGAAAUUGAUGAAGAAUCACCUUUGUUCCCUAAUGCAGGUUAUCCUCUUGGGAGGAAAAAGAAAGGGAAAAAGAAAGGGAAGUCAUACACUCUUGAUUCAAACACAAUGACUCUAACACAUCGUUAUGUGUUGUUUAAUUGUGAAGAUGACCUAGUUGAGAAUUACAUCAAGGAACAUGAAGAGUUUGUAAAGAAGAAGCCUAGAGAUAGACGAAAAAGAAGGUGGAAAGAGGCACAAGAGCAUAGCAAUGAAUUCAAGGUUUGGUUUAGAGGAAAGGUCGAGGUGAAUAAUGUCCUAGAUCAUAUCAAGUGGCUAACCAAAGGUCCUUCUAGUGUUGCACAGAGCUACAUCGGAUAUUUUUGUAAUAGAUAUAAGUUCUACACAAGAGAUCAUGAUGAAAAGUGUAAAACGCAAAAUAGUGGAGUCUCUUUGACAGCUUUGAUUCCAAGCUUCGCGAGUAGCAAGGAUCACAAUCCCGUUCUUGGUGAUGUCACAUACUAUGGGAUUAUAAGGUCUAUAAUAGAGAUAGAUUAUUGGAGUGCUUUCAGUGUUGUGUUAUUCAAGUGUGAUUGGUUCCAUAUGGAAGUAGACGAUUAUGGACUCACUCGUGUUAACUUCAAGAAAUCGUGCUCUAAAAUAUGAUCCUUUUGUCUUGGCAUCACAAGUGCAUCAAGUGUUCUAUACUCAAGACGGCCUUGAAGAAGAUUGGUACUAUGUGAACCGAAAUUUGCCAAGAGACAAUUUUUAUGUCGAGGGGCAAUUUGAACAAACGUUUAUGAGUGAAGUUCGUGAACCCGCGGAGGAUGUAAUUUUUGCUAUAGGUCAUGUUGAACAUCAUAAUUGGUGCAGAGAAGCUGCUUAUGACAGAGUUGAGGUUCCUGUGAACAAUGAAAUAAUCGAGAAGAAAGUUCUGAUAUAGAUGACACAGAUUGGGAUUGGAUGGAACCAUCAAAGUGACAUGUCUGGAGAAUUUAAUUAGAAUUAUUAUUACAAUAGAUUUAAACCUAUUUUGUGGAUUUCACAAACUAUCAUUGUAGUGUUUUAUUUUUCUAUCUUAACUUCUUGUGUUAUUUUUUUGUUUUUAAGUUAGUGGUUAAAUAAAGUGUUAUGCAACAGAGAACCUCUAUGUUGCUAGUUGGUUUGAUUCGAGGUUUGAUAUUAUAGUGGCAGUUGAAUAUUCAAAGGGUCAUUCUUAUUUUCACCAGGACCCAAAUU